AUGAUCCCAACUCCGAACGCCCAAUUGUUGAAGCUCUUCCAUCGCUUCACACCGAUCUGCUCCACUGGCAGUCAUGCGCCUAGAAUUCGCAUCAAGCAUCAAUCCGAGAAGAAGAGAAACCCGUUAGAGUUCGCGUUUACGCACACAGUGGCACGCUCGUCCAGAACACCCGCUGGCGCCCGGGACACAAUAACGCGCCGCCCACGACCGCCUCGCUCCAUCGGUCACCGCUCCAGCCUGCGAAUCGCGGACCCCGAUGGGUACGAAUGCAUGUUUACCGCUUCCCAGAAGCACCCUAGGCCCGCGCGCACCCUCCGCGCAGCUUCCUGGUGCUCAUGCCAGCAGGUUCAGGAAGGGCUUAGCGCGAUGUCGGCGCCGAUUCGUCGACUCGCGUCGGCGGGUCCGGUGUGCACCAGCUCCUUCUCGUUCCUCUGGUGGCUCGGAAAGCGAGCGGGCCUAGACCAGAUGAUGUUAUUUUUGGAUCCGAACUUGAACGGCUCGAAACGCGUGGAGUGGUCGAGUGUGGAUUGCAGGAAAGGACUAUCAGCUGUCGCUGCAUACGCGCUGAACGACUUCGCGCCAAUUGUUUCCCCCGCUCGACCGACGGCCGCAUGGUGUGAGUACGUCAAACAAGGCGGCGUGCGGCCAGGGCUGCAUCGUCACCUACCUCUGCACGAACCGCCCAUCCCACCGCCCGACGUUCAACCCGCAAUGGACGCCUACUUCACCCUCCCCGUCGCGUUCCCCAUCGCAGCGGAGCAACCAGCCGCUGAGGCGUUUGUCGACCGCGACGACUCCGGCGGCUCGGGCGACCACAGUACCUGCGUCAUCGCGUAG